CGUACGUACACGCGCACGCUCCCGGCGGCAGUCCACCGAGAUUGCUCAUUGUGGUGUGUUGCAAGAUUGUCCUAACACGGAAGCUAUCAGGUGGACAUUCGGGACACCAUGGGUAUCAAAUUCUUGGAAGUGAUAAAGCCAUUCUGUGCAGUUUUGCCAGAAAUCCAAAAACCUGAAAGAAAGAUCCAGUUUAGGGAGAAGGUGCUAUGGACUGCCAUCACUCUCUUCAUCUUCCUGGUUUGCUGCCAAAUCCCUCUCUUUGGCAUCAUGUCAUCAGACUCUGCAGAUCCAUUCUACUGGAUGAGAGUGAUUCUGGCCUCAAAUCGAGGGACGUUGAUGGAGCUGGGCAUCUCUCCUAUUGUUACCUCUGGCCUGAUCAUGCAACUGCUUGCUGGAGCUAAAAUCAUUGAAGUUGGAGACACGCCCAAAGACAGAGCCCUCUUCAAUGGAGCACAGAAAUUGUUUGGAAUGAUCAUCACCAUUGGCCAGGCUAUUGUUUAUGUAAUGACUGGCAUGUAUGGUGACCCCUCUGAGAUGGGAGCUGGAAUCUGUCUGCUCAUCAUCAUUCAGCUGUUUGUGGCCGGCCUCAUUGUGCUGUUGCUGGAUGAGUUGCUCCAAAAAGGCUAUGGUCUUGGCUCGGGCAUCUCACUGUUCAUCGCAACCAAUAUCUGUGAGACGAUCGUCUGGAAGGCUUUCAGCCCAACCACUGUGAACACUGGCCGAGGCACCGAGUUUGAGGGAGCAAUCAUCGCUCUUUUCCAUCUGCUUGCAACCAGGACGGACAAAGUGCGUGCUCUGAGAGAGGCUUUCUACAGACAGAACCUACCCAACCUCAUGAACCUCAUUGCAACAGUCUUUGUUUUUGCUGUAGUCAUAUAUUUUCAAGGAUUCCGAGUGGAUCUGCCAAUCAAGUCCGCUCGCUACCGUGGCCAAUACAACACCUACCCCAUUAAGCUUUUCUACACCUCCAACAUUCCCAUCAUUCUGCAGUCUGCGCUUGUUUCCAAUUUGUACGUCAUAUCUCAGAUGCUUUCCACGCGCUUUAGUGGGAAUUUCUUGGUCAAUCUGCUCGGAACGUGGUCUGACGCUUCAACUGGUGGUCCAGCUCGGGCAUAUCCUGUGGGUGGUCUUUGUUACUACCUUUCUCCACCCGAGUCAUUUGGAUCAGUUCUAGACGAUCCAGUCCACGCGGUUAUCUAUAUUGCCUUCAUGCUUGGAUCAUGUGCUUUUUUCUCCAAAACCUGGAUUGAAGUCUCAGGCUCCUCUGCCAAAGAUGUGGCAAAGCAGCUGAAAGAGCAACAGAUGGUGAUGAGGGGACACAGAGAGACUUCUAUGGUCCAUGAACUAAACAGGUACAUACCUACGGCAGCUGCUUUCGGCGGGCUGUGUAUUGGCGGUUUAUCCGUGAUGGCUGACUUCCUCGGAGCCAUUGGCUCUGGCACGGGCAUCCUGCUGGCCGUCACCAUCAUCUAUCAAUACUUUGAGAUUUUUGUCAAAGAGCAGAGUGAAGUAGGCAGCCUGGGGGGAUUCUUCUUCUAGGAAUUCCUAUAUUCUAGCAACAUUCAUUAGCGCCACCAACUUGUGUAUUUUUGACACCUUUGUGAAGCACUCCUGUCAUCAGCUUUCCGUGUUCAGGAUGUUUUUGGCAUCCAGGAUUCUCACAUCAAAUGAGGUGUCGUGUAACGACAGAACUUCUGCUACCUCUCCUCAUCUACAAACACAAAAGACGUGACUGUUCGGUUUUUUUCACUCAAUAUUGAAGCUCCACUUUAUUCACUUAAAGGCUGCCUUUGUGAGGGGCAUUCGGUCUGUUUCUCCCGACUGACAUGAACCUACCUUCAGUAUGCAGGCAUACUUGGCUGGGAUGAUGGUGGCCCAGUGUCUGCUGUGUGCAUGAAAGCACACAACCUUCUAACAGACUUUAUACAUUCUUGUUCCACUUUUCUUUUUCCCCUAAUAACCUGCUAGUCUUAAAGAAGGUGCUGACUACAAGCUGAAGUGUCAGACAUGAUGGAUUCCAGUACCGUCCUUUCCCAAUCGGUGCUCCUGUGGACAUUUUUAAUAGAACAUCAUGUAAGUGAAGAACAAAAGGAUGUGACUUAUAUUUGUGUCUGGCAAAAUAUUCAACUGCUCUUCUGAUGUCAGCCAAUGAGCCAUUCAAAAACAAGGUCCCUGCCUUUCUUUAAAAAAAAAAAAAAAAAAAAAAGGCAAUCCCAGGAAGCUCCAGUAUUAACUCUGUGGUCAUGUUCAUAAUCAUUUAUUUCCUUUUAGUUCAUUUUUUAAUUGUUUGCUUUGCAAACCAUUUAGUCGCCUUUUUCCCCCUCACACUCGACAGAUAAUUUAUGAUUUUGUGUACAUAGGCCAUGUGUUGAAUUUGUUUUAAGUGUGAGAUAGUCUUUGAAAUAUGUGAAAAAUGAAUGCAUUUAUAGUCAAACGUUUGCAAUAAAAAACUUUUGGUAAAACGCCCAAUUUUAAA